UCAAACUUCAACUGCAGGCAGAAGAAAGAGGAGUGGUGUCAAUCAAAGGUGUAAGUGCAAAUCGCUUCCUGGCUAUGAAGGAGGAUGGCAGAUUGCUGGCCUUGAAAUGUGCAACAGAAGAAUGUUUCUUUUUUGAGCGUUUGGAAUCUAAUAACUAUAACACUUACCGAUCACGGAAAUACUCUGAUUGGUAUGUGGCACUGAAAAGAACUGGACAGUACAAACCUGGACCAAAAACUGGACCUGGACAGAAAGCUAUCCUUUUUCUUCCCAUGUCUGCAAAAAGCUGA